AUGAGUUUCUAUCUAUCUAUCUAUCUAUCUAUCUAUCUAUCUAGUUUUUUCUAUCUAUCUAUCUAUCUAUCUAUCUAUCUAUCUAUGACAGAUUGCCAAAUAGCGAGGAACGAAUUCAUUACACUAAUUGCUGAUUAUAUAUUUAGUAUAUUAAUUGUUCAUAUCUAUCUAUCUAUCUAUCUAUCUAUCUAUCUAUCUAUCUAUCUAUCUAUCUCAGUCGUUGAUCUAUCUAUCUAUCUAUCUAUCUAUUUAUUACGCAUAGAUUUGUACCUUCAACAUGAUUAUAUUGUUCUAUCUAUCUAUCUAUCUAUCUAUCUAUCUAUCUAUCUAUCUAUCUAUCCCAAUUGUUUAAUAUUCAUUCUAUCUAUCUAUCUAUCUAUCUAUCUAUCUAUAUAUCUAUCUAUCUAUCUAUCCCAGUCUGUUGAUCUAUCUAUCUAUCUAUCUAUCUAUAUCUAUCUAUCUAUCUGUUUAACGUUCUCGCUCUCUCAGAUUGUUCAUAUCUAUCUAUCUAUCUAUCUAUCUAUCUAUCUAUCUAUUACGCAUAGAUUUUUUUCAACCUCUUCUGCCCUUAUCUAUCUAUCUAUCUAUCUAUCUAUCUAUCUAUCUAUCACCAUAUCAUUGACAAGAUUAAAUAGUAGUAGUAUUAAUAAUGUUGUUGUUGUUGUUGCUGGUUUCUUCUACUUCUUAUUCUUUUCUUUUUCCUCUUAUUUUCUCUUUCUUCUUCUCAUCCUUCUCAUUUUUUUCAUCUGUUUUAUUCUCUUUUUUUAUUCUCCUGGGUUCUUUCUUUUUCUCCCUCCUUUCUUCUUGUUUUUCAUUCUUCUCCUCUUCUUCCUCCUCAUUCUUUCUUCUUCUUCUUCUUAUUAUUAUUAG